AGAUGGCCACCCUCAGUUCACUGGACGAAGAAGUUCGACUGUUCACGAAAAACACCGAGCGUCGAGCGAGAGAAGCAAAAUAUAAUUUGUGUCUUGUACGAGAUCAUCGUCGCGCUUGACUACCUCGAGCACGCCUACGUUCAUGAUGCAUUUACCUGAGCACCGAGCACUGAGCAUAGUAUGUUCCCAUUCUAAAUUCGCUACAUAUCAGACUUAGGAAUACAUAUGCUGCCAGAGAUACUCUCCUGUAUCACGCACGCAUCUUCUUUCGCAAUACAUGACAAUGGUCAAGCGCUCAAGUUCAUCAACUACUCCGUUCCCUCCAUCGAGCAUUUCAUGACGCGAUAUCGGAUGGAUAAUCCUGCGGCAUUGCAUUGCAUACGAGUUGCUGUAACUGCUACUGUUGAGCACUCUAGUGAGGUGGGACCUGAGACUGGAAAGUGGAUCGCAGAGACUACAUAGGUUGGAGUUUGUGUUGCAGUCUCAUUUUCUAACCAAUAGCGCAGA